GCUCAGUUGCAAUUGAGUUGUUGACCGUGCGAGUUACCGUAAAAUUUGAAAAAAAAUUCGGACGAAACCUCUCCAUUCUCUCUAAAAAAACCAAAAAAAAGAAAAUAUAUAUUCUAAAAAAUAAAAUAUAGCGGUGUUGACCCCCCUAUAAAAACGAAUUGAAAAGAAAAUUUGUUGUAAAAGAAAUACCUACCCCCACUCUCGCUUGCUCUGAGUGAACGUCACUGUGAGCAGAGACGCCGCCGCAAUCAACAGCAGCAGUCGUCACCACACUGUCAGUUUAACCGCUGUUGUGUGUUUCACCACCGAGGAGAGAACUUAAGGCCGUAAGACUUAUAACGGAAGCAUUUUCUUCACACACAUCCACAUCUACUUCAGCCGUUAGUAGUUCGAAAUUCCAAACCGGCGGAUUUCCAACUACUUAUAACUACAGCAACAACAAAACAAACAAACAGCUUUAAUUUAACACAAAAACCCCCCUAACAAAAAAACACAUAAAAUGGCCGAUCAACUAACAGAAGAACAAAUCGCCGAAUUCAAAGAAGCCUUCUCACUAUUCGAUAAAGAUGGCGAUGGCACCAUCACAACAAAGGAAUUGGGCACAGUCAUGAGAUCACUUGGUCAAAAUCCCACAGAAGCUGAAUUACAGGAUAUGAUCAAUGAAGUCGAUGCUGAUGGCAACGGCACAAUUGAUUUCCCCGAGUUCUUGACAAUGAUGGCCCGUAAAAUGAAGGAUACCGAUAGUGAAGAGGAAAUCCGAGAAGCCUUCAGAGUAUUCGAUAAAGACGGCAACGGCUUCAUUUCAGCGGCUGAAUUGCGUCACGUCAUGACAAAUUUGGGUGAAAAGUUAACAGACGAAGAAGUCGAUGAGAUGAUUCGAGAAGCUGAUAUCGAUGGUGAUGGUCAAGUCAAUUACGAAGAAUUCGUGACUAUGAUGACAUCGAAGUGAGCAGCUAAAUUACUUCUUUUUAAGCUUUUCUAUGUUUUUAAGAUGUUGACGAAGACUGUAGCUGCUGUGCGCUCCAACACCGCGCCAUCGCUAUUGCUAUGGAUUAUAACAUGAAGAAAAAAAAAUUAUAUAUAUAUAUACAUAUAAAAACAACAACUAUAAAAAAUCUUAAAAAAUAAAUUAAAUUAAAUUUUACUAUAACACCCCUCAACAACAACAACAACAACUUAAAAUAAUAAUAAUACAACAACAAAAUACAAUUAAUGAAGAUGAUGUAAAUCAAGCAGAGAUAGAAAUUUGCAACAAACCAGAAACAAAAAAUAUUGUCUGAAUGGUAUAAACAAAAAGAAGAGAAACAGCAACAACAACAACAUUUAAAUAUAAAUAUAUAUAUAAAAAAAAUUAAUAAAAAUGAUGAGAAAACCCAGAAAUAUAUUAUAAUAAAAAUCCAAAAACAAACAAAAAAAUCAAACUUUAAUAUUAUUAUUAAACAACAGCAACAACAACCAUAAUAACAAGAGCAAGCAAGCAAGCAACAGAGAAGAGAUUAUUUGAGAAAAAUUAAAUAAAUACAAAAAUUACGAAUCCAAUAACAAAAAAUAUAACAACCACAACAACAACAACAACAAUACACAACAAACAGUUCAGAUUAAGGCUCAUUUAAACAAAAAUAAAAUCCCAGAAAAAAAGGAAAUUUUCAAAACAACAACAAAAAGUAAAUCCAAUUCAGAAGAAAAAAAAUUGAGGAAAGAGCAGACAGAGCAAGCAUGAGUAAAUAUGUUAAGCGAACAAAGAACUUACAUACAAAAUAAAAAAAUCAAGAAAAACAAAAACAACAACAUAGCUAUGAGAAAAUAUAACUUUGAAGAGAAUCUUUUUUAUUAUUAUUAUUAUUACAUAUUAUGGAUUAUUAUUAUUAACUAUAUGACUAUUAUUAUUAUUAUUAUUAAUUUUAUUGCCUUUUUCCGCCAACCCCCCUCCCCCCAAAGACCUUUUUCUAUACAAUAUUGGUUAACAAAAGAAAGUUGUAGUUUUUAAAUGAUAAUUUUAAGGUGAACAACAACAACAACAACAAAGAUGAUGAAGAAGAAGAAGAAUUCAAAUAUAAGCAAAGCAGUCAGCCACAAAGAUUUCUUAAAAUAAAAUUAACUAAAACUAAGGCAGCCGCCGCAGAAAGAAGGCAUAGGAGCACAGAAAAGACUUUGCUGCAAGGCCCGCCCCCCACAUAAGGAUUAUACUGGGGAGGAGGAGGUGGAGAAGGAGUAAGAGUUAGUAACUUGAAGAUUCCCCUCCCCCUGGAAGGAGGAUUCUUUGGCGAAUUCACUCUUUUUUGUUUAUUAGCUUAGCUAGUUAAAGGCAAUGAACAGCUGAUGGGCUAACAGCUGAUAGGCUAUUGACACAGCUGAUUGUCUCAUUACAACUAGUUUUCUUCUAGGCAUGCGCAACCUUUUCCAGCCUUAAAGGCUUGAGGCUGGCCAAUAAAUGAUUUCUCGUUCUCGGGUGGUAUGACAUUCGGUUUUAGUUAGUUUUCCAUUAAGAAAUUCACUUACACAACAACAACAACAUACACACUUGCAGUCCUCGUUGAUAGUAAGUUAGUUAAAACAAAACAAACAAAAAAUAAUACAAAAAAAUUAAAAAAAAAAAAUAUAUAUAUAAAUAUAAAACAAGAAAGAAUGAAAAUAAUUUAAAAAAACACACACACUCUUUAUUAAACAUAUUUUGAAUCCAGAUACUUAAAUUUAAUUUUUAAACUUAAACAAAAAAACAAAAUAAAAUAAUAAAAAAAACAAAGCAAAAAAAGAAACUUUAAAAACUUAAAAGAAUCAACAACAACAAAUUACCAACAACAACAACAACAAAACGCUCUUUAUCACUCACACUUUCUUAAGCAAAACUGAAAAAAUUACAAACAAGCAAGAAAAACUAAGAAGAAGAAGAAGACCUUACACAAAGUCCAGACUCAAUAUAUAUAUAUGACUAAAGAGAGAGACAGACCCUAGACCGAAGAAGAGGAAAAGAGGGCAAAACAUGACUUUUAACCAAUGAUAAAAUAUUGAGAGUUGAUAAAAAGAACGAGAAGAAGAAAAAAGAAAACAAAAAAGAAAAAUGACAGGUUGAGCAGUGGCAUAAGGAGGUUUUUGAUGGUGUAGAGGAGAUGCUUGGCAAGAGUUGAGAUGGCAAAAUAGUAGCAAAAGGAGUGUUUGGGUAAAAUUAUGGCAUUUCCCAUUAAUGCCAUAAUCUAAUUAGCAAGUCUGGAAUCUGGAUAAUUAACUUCUUUUUUACAUUAAUCACUCCUUUCGCUCAUUCACUCACCCACUCACUCCCAAUGCCUAAUUACAGCCUAGCUCCUCCAUCCAUCAUCAUCCAGCAUUUCCGCCAACACGCCCAUUCUUGUCCUUUGUGGACCUCUUAUGAAAGAAAUUUUGUACAUUUCUUCACCUUCCCACAGUUUUUUUUUUUUUUGUUUUUUUUUUCUUGGAUUUUUCUAUUCUUUUGUCAUAUUUAUCUAUUCCACACUCAUUCACUCACUCUCUCUCUUUGCGCGCUUAUAAUCAUGUUUGAAGAAUGAAGAACAACAACCAACAUACAUAUAUUAUGAUGAUGAAAAAAAAUUAAAAAAAAACAACAACAACAAACAACAAAAAAUGAAAUAUAUGCUAGUAUAUAUGCUAAUGACGAUGAUGGAUGUUGCUUCGAGUUAAUCUCUCUAAUGUUAAUUACUGUUUGUAAAAAAAAGUGUGUUUUGAAACGCCUAAUUAACGUUAGAUAAUUAGCUCGGUUUUGAAGUAAGUUUGUGCGAGUAUUGAAGAUUUAAAUAAACAAGAAAAAUUUAAAAUAAAAAAAA